UCCUCGCCAAGUGAUGCUGCUCGGCGGCUCACGUCGGUGCGUCUCCACCGAGGUCCGGACAGGCAGCGACCACCCAGGUCUUCCGAGCGUCCUGCUCCGUCUUCCGUCAGGACAAGGACGCAGAGGAGCCGCGGAGUAACGGUCCUGCCGGGACCUGGAUCUUCUUUACUCGUCUUCUCGAGUUGAAAAGGACUUCGCAGACGGACAAACCAGACUGGACUCGCGGGGCGGAGAACCGAACUCGGCACCGGUCCUGGAGAGGAUGCGCUUGACUCCGGAGUGAGGAGCGGAGAACUUCACCAUGAAAUCCGUCUUUUUCAGCCGCUUCUUCAUCCUCCUGCCCUGGGUCCUCAUCGUCAUCAUCGUGAUCGACAUCGACACCAAACGGACGGUCCGGAGCCCGGCGCAGGAGGGAGCCCGCAGCGCGGCUCCGAGGGCGCUCAACCAGUCCGCGCUGCCGGUCAUCUACGCCAUCACCCCGACCUACACCCGACCGGUGCAGAAGGCGGAGCUGACCCGGGUGGCCAACGUCUUCCGCCAGGUGCCCCGCUUCCACUGGAUCGUGGUGGAGGACUCGACGGUGCGCACGGAGAUGGUCUCCCGCUUCCUGGCGCGCUGCGGGAUCCCGUACACGCACCUGAACGUGUUCACGCCGCGCAGGUUCAAGCGCGUGGGGAUGCCCCGGGCCACGGAGCAGAGGAACGUGGGUCUGACGUGGCUGCGCCAGCACCGGAACCGGCGCGACCGCGGCGUGGUUUUCUUCGCGGACGACGACAACACGUACAGCCUGGAGCUGUUCGAGGAGAUGCGCAGCACCAAGGGUGUGUCCGUGUGGCCCGUGGGCUUCGUGGGUGGACGGAGCUAUGAGCGCCCCCUGGUGAAAGCUGGAAAAGUUGUGGGCUGGUACACGGGCUGGAGACCGGACCGGCCUUUCGCCACCGACAUGGCAGGCUUCGCGGUGAACCUCCAGGUGAUCCUCUCCAACCCACGGGCCCUGUUCAAGCGGCGAGGCUCGCAGCCCGGGAUGCAGGAGUCCGACUUCCUGAAGCAGAUCACCAAGGUGACGGAGCUGGAGCCCAGGGCCAACAACUGCACCCGGGUUCUGGUGUGGCACACCCGCACAGAGAAGCCCUCCAUGGCCUACGAGCCCAAACAUCGGACGGACUCGGUGGUCGUGGAGGUGUGACGUCUUCCCGAGACCAGCGCGAGAGCGACCGCCGCUGGUGCUUCUGGAGAACAGACAAUGGACUUCUGCGCAAACUUGAUCCGGACAGUUGAGUCUUCUGAUUUGCCGAGUUGUGAAAAAAAAAACAGGUUAAUGUUCUGAAAAACAUUGAGAUGUCAUUUUCAGUCUCGCACGGAGGCCGAGCUCAAGUUGCCCGGCCGCAGGUCACAUGAGGAUUUCAGUGAGUCAUGGGGAUGAACGCCCAACGUUGACGGUUGUUCUGAACGACCCGGAUGAACCUGAACCGUCAUGGGCUCUCGACCAAACCCUGACCCCGACAAGUUGAGAGCCAGGAGGGUGCUGGUUUGAAUCCCCACCACCAGUGGAGGUUGGGAAGAACGUGUCCCUGCACGAUGGAAAGACUGCGCUGUGGUUGAAGUGGGCUCCGGUUCGGACGAGCUACACAAACCUUGCUUUUCCUUUUUGGAGACUUUUUCUUUCUCUCUGAGCGAAAGUCGACUUUUAUUACGUCGGUGUUUUGUCGUAAUUUUUCAUCCGUUGAAAUUCUGACUGAUAAUUUCUGACUGUUGACUUUUAACCUGGGACUUUUUCGUACACCUUGGAUUUACAGCCUCAUCAUUUCAGUCCAAUACCUGGACUUUUUCAAGGCAAAUGUCCGACUGAUCGUUUUGUCUUUUUGCCAAGCUGAUGGGAAAAGGGGUCGGGAGGAGCUGCUGCUGUUCUCCCUUGACACGUUGUGAACAUGCUAACUUCACCACGUGUGAAACUCAAACAGGGAGGAGGCAUCAGAGGGUUUGUUGGUCCUGAGGUUGAGCAUCCGUCAUCCGUCACACGUCUGCAUUCAUGUGUUCAAAAGGUGCCACUGUAACUGGGAUCCAAAAUAAACCUGUAAAAACCACGCGUGCGCAUCUUUCACUCACUGUUUGAAGGUGGUAAAACCACCGAAUAAAAUUGAGAGUGGAUGGCAAAACGGUCACGGUGGGAGCAACACACACCUAGUGUUUGUCAUGUAGGCAGGAACCAUCGCCCGCAUCCAACAAACAUGUUUUCAGAAAACGUGUUCUAUUUAUCGUUUAGAUUAAAUUCCAGGAAGGUUUCGGAUGACCAGUCACUGACUUGGGUCGUGUCCUCAUAUGGCUUCAUAAAAAAUAGGAUGUGAGUGCGAUCGCACGGGCAGCCUCGCGGGGACGUGCCCACCUGGGGCUCUGAACUUCAGGGGAAAAAAACAAAACCACUCCGGCUUGUGCGCCAUGUUUUUACUGAAUUAUUUCUCUCAUUUCAUCUAAUAAUUAAACAUCAUCUGACGGUUAUUUUAUUGAAUAAUAUACAGGUGUCGCUGCUUUGUUUCUUUGUGAUGUUGUCAAAUUGUGACCUGGAAAUAGAAGGACCGUCUGGGGGCGAAGCGGUUUUCAAAUUGGAAAGAGCGAGAGAUCAGUGUAUUGCAAACUAUUAUUUAACAAACACAAAAUUAAAAAAACAGAUGCGAUUUAAAAGUGUUUCACAGACGUUCAACAGCCUUGUCGCGCCUGGAAAUGACGUACACGUGCACAGACGUUUUGGGAAGCUGGUGCUCAAGCCGUCACCAAAAUGAUUUUUGCGCUUGUUGCUGGCUCAGUUUAUCAUCAAAUUUCAAACUUAAAAUGCCCUUCACAUCUGACUUUGAUGUGGCACAGAGGUCAGUUUUUAAUGUUUUCAAGAGCUUUUAAAUGCUAUGUAUUUUACUGUGAGCCAUAACUACAGUAAAUAACAAGGGCAUUUCAAGUGUUUUUAACCAGUCAACAAAGAUCCUACGAUCAAACACAGCGUUUACCAAACUGAUGGCACUGGUUCAUGAGGAGUGGGAGGGGCCUCAGUGCUGGUCAGAAAUGAGGGGAAAAAGGGCUCCAAUAGGAACAUGUAUGGUUGUAGUGAUGUAAAUAGUAAUUUAUAAAAAAGAACAUUUAUAAAAGAUAAAAGUUUUGGCCCUUAAAUAGCGCAGUGCCCUUUGUCAAAUGGUCCCAUACUUUCUUUGUUUUGCAGGUCCUGCAGAGAGAGCGAUGAUGUCAUAACCAGUCGACUUAUGAACCAGCCACCAAUCUAAUGGUUGGCUAGUUGAGGGAGCCCCGUGCAACACAGGAGAAUUUCCCUCGUUUUUUUAUGUCCUCAGAUUUUAACUUUCAUUCCCAGAAUCACGACUCAUAUUUCUCAGAAAUGAGUCUCAUUUCAACUGAACAACACCCUGGUUAUUUCCUAGUUUAGACUCUUAUUAUAUAAUACGAACUUCAUUGAAUUUGAUUUAUUUAUGAUUUUUUUUUCCAUUUGUCGGUGACUAUUACUAUAUAAGAAUUUGAUUCUGGGCUUGGUGUAUUUAAACCUGCUGGAGACCACGUUCACUGCCAGGUUUAAAAAAAGCUGCGGGAGUAAGAAGUCAGAUCUCAGCUGACAGGGCAGCGUCAAUAAUGCAGAUGCACAACAAAGAGAAAGUCAGCUCGCGGGGGAAAACAGCAGCUCCGGAAAGCAGAGAAACAAAAAGGUGAGUGGAUGGAAGCGGCAGAUCAAAGAGCGAGCAGACGCCCGGGAUCUGACAACACCUUUGUCCUGAGAUCUGAGCUUGAGAGCGUCGACUGGUGCAGCGGGGACCAGAGUUUCUGAUGGAGCAGAUCAAAUCUCAGGAGAGCGACCAGAGCCGUGACUGUCGAGCAGCUGAGGAGACUCUUGCAGGCCACGAGUGUGGAGCUAAGACUCAGGAACGUCUCAGUGACGAUGGCGGUUUGUUGUCCGUCUGAGGCCCCACCCCCUGCAGAGAAACCCUGUGUCUGAGACCUUGUUCAAAGCUGGUGAGCGCAGGUGAGAGUCAGUCUUCAGGGCUGAAGAUCCAUCUGUCCAUCGCAGGCUCCAGUCUCUGUCCAGCACAAGCAGAGUGAGAAGCUUCCAGGUCUUUUUGUUGCAACAGACUUUUGACUUCUUUCUCUUUAUUCCAGUACUUUUCUCUUCAAUGUUUUGGGAUUUACAUCAUAGUGACUGUUGAGCCCAUGGAUUGAACUUUGACCAGACAUUUGUUACACAUCACCACAAACAGAUUUUCCAUAAGACUUUUAAUUUCCACAUUAUAAUCUAACUCGUGUCCUCAGUCGGACGACGUACACGUCUCCAUCACUACAUGACGAUAUAUAUAUAUAUAUAUAUAGAUAGGUGUUUCAUCUCACGCACACAGGGGAACAUUCUCUCUUUUGAAUCACCACACGAUGAUGGAGUCUUUGAACACGACGAUACAAGAAACACGCCACAAGUUUUCAAAACCUGCGAAGUCCCUGAAGUGACGCCACAAAGACUCGGGAGAACAUUCUGGAACACAGAAUCAAAGACGUCAUUCAAGUUUUGCCUGUGAGCAGAAGAGGAACGUCACCAGGAAACAAAAAGAGGGAGGACGGAACAGAGGAGCGGAGAUGAGAGAGGGAGGAAAGCGGAGUGCUGCAGUGAGUCGGAUCCAUGAGGGUCUGAUGAUGGAAACCGCUGACUCAUCUGGAGAUGGAAACUUCCAUCAGUGCAGUGGUGAAUAGAGCGGAGUUUAAACUCUAAACCUGAACCAGCAAAUGAUUUUCACCUACCAGCCAUAACAUUAUGACCACUGAUCAAAGGUCCGGCCGCUAAA